AUGGGUGAGCCGCACAAACCAGCCCCGGUAAAGACAAGUCCGCGUGUCAGUCUAGAGCGGACAUCCAGAACACCAAUGGAGUUGGCUCCGAUAGCCGAGCCUUAGCCACGAACUGAAGCACUCACUUAGAGAUCCUCAGAUUCAUCAAAAACAAUACGACAGAGUAGGUGUUCCACACGGAGCUCUACUUCAAGAUUAAUGGAAUUGGCGGAUGCAGGCAAGAUUACUAUAACAGCUAUAACAGUUAUCAUGGUACCUUUGGAUAG